AUGGUAGCGCAGGUUCAAAAACAAGCCCCAGGUUUCAAGAAAACCGCUGUUGUAGACGGUGUCUUCGAGGAAGUUUCUCUUGAAACGUAUAAAGGAAAAUAUGUUGUUUUAGCCUUUGUUCCACUGGCUUUUUCAUUUGUCUGUCCAACUGAAAUUGUGGCAUUUUCCGACGCUGCCAAGAAAUUCGAAGAACAAGGUGCGCAAGUUUUAUUUGCCUCCACCGACUCUGAAUAUUCCUUGUUAGCAUGGACCAACUUGCCCAGAAAUGACGGUGGCUUAGGUCCAGUCAAUGUUCCUUUGCUGGCUGAUACGAACCAUUCCUUGUCCAGAGACUACGGCGUCUUGAUUGAGGAAGAAGGUAUCGCUCUAAGAGGUUUAUUCAUCAUCGAUCCAAAGGGAGUAAUUAGGCACAUCACCAUCAAUGAUUUGUCCGUAGGUAGAAACGUUAAUGAAGCCUUGAGGUUGGUUGAAGGUUUCCAAUGGACCGACAAAAACGGUACAGUCUUACCAUGCAACUGGACCCCAGGUGCCGCCACCAUCAAACCUGAUGUCAAAGAUUCCAAAGAGUACUUUGAAAGUAUUAAUAAUUAG